UUCAGCUCUAUAUCAUUUGGCAGUUCUCCUUUUCAUUUACACGGAGCAUUUGGGGGGGACUAAUACAAUGAAGGUUAUAUUCUUAUCCCUUUUUGCCAUCUUCCUACUUUCUGCAUUUGACCAUGCAGAGAGUAAUGGGUAUUAUGAUAAGAUUUUGUCACACAGUCGCAUAAGGGCUAAAAAACAGGGCCCAAAUGUCUGCGCGCUACAGCAAGUUAUGGGAACAAAAAAAAAGUACUUCAGUACCUGCAAGAACUGGCACCAGGGGGCAAUCUGUGGCAAAAAAGCGACUGUCCUAUAUGAAUGCUGCCCUGGAUACAUGACAAUGAAUGGUCUACCAGGAUGUCCUGCAGUUGCUCCUAUUGACCACGUGUAUGGAACUCUUGGAAUUGUGGGAGCUAAAACAACACAAGAGUACUCUGAGACCUCUGAAUUGAAGAGUGAAAUUGAAGGAGUUGGCUCCUUUACUUUCUUUGCACCUAGUAACGAUGCAUGGGACCUGCUAGAUCCUGAAAUCCGUGCAUCACUUUUGAGCAAUGUGAAUAUUGAGCUGCUGAAUGCUCUGCAUUAUCAUAUGCUGGAUAGAAGAAUGCUUACCAAGGAUCUUAAAAAUGGAAUGUCUGUGACAUCUAUGUUCAAUAAUCAGCCUCUCCAGAUAAACCAUUACACCAAUGGGAUUGUCACUGUGAACUGUGCAAGAAUUAUUCAUGGUAACCAGAUAGCUACAAACGGCGUUGUUCACGUAAUUGACCGUGUUGUCACAGCUGUUGGAAACACCAUCGAGGACUUUAUUGAUGCUGAGGAUGAUCUGUCAUCUCUUAGAGCUGCUACUAUUGCUUCAGAUCUUAUGGAGAAACUUGGGAAACCCGGUCAAUACACUCUGUUCGCUCCUACCGAUGAGGCUUUCGAGAAGCUUCCACGCGAUGUUCUGGAAAGGAUUAUGUCUGACAAAAAGGCAGCUGAAGCAUUGGUGAAGUAUCACAUUCUGGACACUGCCCAGUGUUCUGAGGCCAUCAUGGGAGGAGGAGUUUAUGAUACCUUGGAAGGAAACCCACUGCAGAUUGGAUGUGAUGGAGACAGUUUGACUGUAAAUGGCAAGAAAUUGGUCAACAGGAAGGAUAUAGUUACAAGCAAUGGCGUCAUUCACUUGAUUGAUGAGGUUCUCAUUCCUGACUCUGCUAAGCAAGUCUUAGAAUUGGCAGGAAGUCAACAGACCACUUUCACUGACCUCAUGGCCCAAAUGGGACUGGCAGCCUCUCUAAAACCCGAUUCAGAAUUUACUCUUCUGGCACCAUUAAAUGAUGCUUUUUCUGAGGAAACAAUGAGAAUGGAUCAACGUCUCCUUAAACUAAUUCUGCAAAAUCACGUCAUCAAGCAAAAGUUUGUUCUUAAUAACCUUUACAAUGGUCAGGUCUUGGAAACCCUUGGCGGAAAGACUCUGAGAGUGUUUGUGUACCGCACGGCUGUAUGCAUUGAAAACUCCUGCAUGCUUCGUGGAAGCAAAGAAGGAAGAAACGGUGCCAUUCACAGCUUCAGAGAAAUCAUCAAGCCUGCUGAGAAAUCAUUCUUUGACAUCUUGAGCCUUGAUAGGCGCUUCAGCAUUUUCCUAGACCUGAUCCAACAUGCAGAUCUGAAAGAACUUCUGUCAGGAUCUGGAGCCUGGACCCUUCUCAUCCCUACCAAUGAUGCCUUCAAAGACCUUAGCAGCAGCGAUAUUGAAUUUCUGAAAAGUAACAAACUUGCUCUUCAGAACAUCCUUCUCUACCAUCUGGCCCCAGGAGUAUUCAUUGGUGGUGGAUUUGAGCCUGGUGUAACAAACAUUGUGAAAUCUCUCCAAGGAAAGAACCUUAUGUUUAAACUUGUAAACGACUCCAUUAGCAUCAAUGGUGUUGCCUCUAAGGAGAAAGAUCUAAUGGCUACCAAUGGCGUGAUUCAUGUAGUAGAUAAACUUCUCUUCCCUGCAGAUGGAGCCAUUGGUGACGAAAAACUUCUUGGAAUUCUAAAUAAGAUCAUCAAGUACAUUACAAUCAGGUUUGACCGUGGCUUCAGAUUCCAGGAAAUCCCCCUGACCAAAUACUUCACAAAAAUUAUUACUACAAAGGUCAUCUCAGAGCCCCAAGUAAUCACAAAAGUAAUCGGUGGAGGACGGACAGAGACAAUUCGCAGAGUUAUCCCAGGAGAUGGGGAUGUGGAUCAAGAAUUCUUUGUGGAUGGAGGCUCAGAGUCAACUAUUACUAGAGUUACAAAGGUUGUUGAAGGAAAGCCUGAAGUCAGAGUAAUCCCAGGAGGAGAAACCAGAAUUACUAAAGUUAUCCAGGGAGAGCCCUCUAUCACCAGAGUCACCCAAGUUGUAGAAAGUGAACCAGAAUUCAGCUUGAUAAAAGAAGGAGAGACUAAAAUAACCAAAAUCAUUCAAGAACCCACAAUUUCUAAGAUCACUAGAGUGAUUGAAGGUGAGCCAAAUUUUAAACUGGUAAAGGAAGGCGAAACUCAAAUAACUAAAGUGAUCAGAGAAGGUCCUGAAAUAAAAUACACUCGUGUCUCCACUGGUAUCGGAGGUGAUAUUAGUGAUGAUGAACUUAAAAGGAGGCUAGAGGAAGAAGUCACCAAGGUAUCCAAGUUCAUUGAAGGUGAUACACAAUUACUUGACGAUGAAGAACUGAAAAAGCUUCUCCAGGGAGAACCUCAGGUUAGAAAAGUACAGACUGUCAGAAGGAUACAAGGCUAAUUUGCACUCACAUGGCCUUGCAGCAUAAGGUCCAGUAGUGAGAAGAAAGCAGAGAAGAAGUCACAAGUCAUAAAUUCAUGAGAACCGAUUGCUGUUAUCAGAAUUAUAGAAGAUCAGCGUGUUAACAAGUCAAGGAGUAUAUUACAUUGGAAUAAGGAUCAUUUGGAUUGUCUGUCAUCUUGCACAAAUAUAUUUGUAUACAAUUAUUUUUUAAGGGUGGAGUAUUUUUUGAGCAUGAACCAAAAAAAACCUGAAUGUAUAAAGAUAAUGAAUAGUUCCUAAUAUUCCACCCUCUAAAAUUACCUACAAUAGGUUGUGAUCUUGUGCUAAAUACAAAUAUUUGGAAAUAAAAUCUAGACAAAGCUAUACCACUUCAUGAACAGCCACCAUUUCUUACAAGAAUCUUGAAUCUCUGUUUUCUUAGAGUUCAAAUGAAUCAUUUUCUUCAGGGAUUCUGUGUUUAAAACACUUUACAUAAUGUGGUGCUUUCAUUUUUUUUAUUAUUUUUUUACCAAGACCUUCAGUGCUAAUUUCUGGUACUAACUCAAAUGGGGUUAUUUGUAAAUUAUGCCAAUUUUUGUAACUCAGAAAAUGAUAGUGAUUUGCUUUUUUUUGUUUUUUUUUGUUUUUUGUUUUUUACAUUUUAUCUCAGUUGUUGCAAUGCAACUAAGGAUGCUAGGCAAGAAGUGAUUACUUUACAUUCUUGUGUCUUUUUUCUUUGAACUGAAACUAAUUUAAAUUAAAUUUGGGUUUAGAGUGUGGAAAAUAAAGCAUAUGCUUUUUGGCAAAACAUUAAAAAAUAAUAUCUGCUGCCUUACUGAAUAAGUUUGGUAGCAUUUGUAAUAUAAGCACCACUAGCUAGUAUUUUUCUUUUCUUUUCUUUUUUUUUUUAAAAAAUGUUGGUGAACACCAGAGUUUGUGGUUGUUAACUUUUUUCCUACUACAUUCCUUUAAGAAAAGUUUACAGAAAAUGUUUUCUUUCACAUUUCUAAAGAUUUGUUUUAGAAUAUUAGUUUCUAUUUAAAGAAAUUUUAAAAAGCUAUUGGGUGUGCCUGUAUACCUCUGUUUCUUAAACAAAUACUCAAUAAAAUGUGGUUGAAUUACA